CGAUUGCUGCCAUUGCAGCUCUGCAAACGCGGUGAUCCUAACUGUUUUUCGUACAAACCAGACUGACGCGGCGCCGAGCUUUUUCAUUUGUUGUUUCUCUAUUUUAGGCUUAAAAUUGCGAGUCCACGAUGACGGAUUUCAAUGCAUCCGGAGUCAUUCUGUCUUUGGAUGAGUACUUCGAGCAAUGCGUAGAACCGAAACCCAGAAUACCGCCACGAUACUCGUUUAAUGCGGCCUCCAAGGGCGGCAAUCGCCAGCCGGGGCACUUGCGGUCCUACAAGGACCAGGAUCAGGAUGGCGACGACGAUGAAAUUGAAGAUUUCCAGGGCUCCGUGCUAGAAAAUGGACAAUCGAUUCUGACCAAUUUCGAUUCUACUGCCUCGCAAAUCAACUUUGAGAUGAAUGACUUUGAUAAGGUGUACUGGGAGCAGGAGUCCCAAAGCUCGGAGGCCUCACAAGGCUCAGCCACGUGCCGCAUGUUUGGUAACAACGUCAACCGGCCAUCAGCGGCAGCUCAACUGGGGCUCAGUGACCAGGCACGUGGUCACGUUAAGUCGCGCCUUGAUCUGAGAGAAGGCUCUCGAUUUCGUAAUAGUUUUAACAAGGGACGCAAACGUCAGUACAAUCUCCAUACACGGAACGAAUUCCAUCGUCAACAGCACCAGCCCCAGAUUGCUAAGGAGCAGGGACAGCGAUCCGCCUACAAUGCCUUCAGCAGCCAAAAAAUCCAUCCAAAUCAACAAACUGACCUACAAAUUGGUGUAAAUAAACAUUUCCAGUAUACUCACCAGGCACCCAUUGAUCUGCGUAGCAGCCGCAACAACAUGGGACCUGACCAAUAUGACUGGACCGGCUCCACCUCGAUCGGCUCUUUAAUGGAUUCGGUGCCCCAUAUUCCGAAUAAUCGUGUCAAGAACCACUUGCCCUGUGAAACCAUCACGCGUUACACGGACAACUCGAUGGGCGUGUUUGCUGGAGAAGGUCAGGAUAUUCAUAAGCCGCAGACUGGUCUGGAACCCGCCGCAGUUGAUUCCGAGCGCAUGAAAGUCAGUAAAAUGGCCCGUAACGUGUUGCUCUUUCUCAAGAGCGUUGCCCAACAAAACAACCAAGGAGACUCGUGUGACAUUUUCAAGAACAUUGACUGGAUCAACGGACCGGUGGAGGAGACCGGAAGUGUCGCAUUUCCUGAACGUGAAGGAGGAAGGGACGAACUGCAUCGUUUUAACUAGAAAACCGACAUCAAGUUGCAUUUAGAGGAUCUAUGUGACUUCAUUUAGUUCUAAGUACAAAGCAGCUCAUGUUUAAAUUUAGGUUCUUCGGAUUGGCGGGCACUUUCUGUGCGAAUUGCAAGUCGACGCAGGCAAGAAGAAGAUGAAUUCGACGAUGCCCAGUGAAUGGCAGGGGUGAAUAGUCGCUGUUUUUUUUUUUAUAUAUAUAUAUAGAACACAUAUUUCGGCUGAUAAGAACAGGCUGGGCCGCUUAUCAGUAAUGCACAACAAGAAGUACACACGGACGAACGAGAUGUGAGAAGCGAAAGCGGACGAAAAUAGAAACAAACGGCGAUAAAUUUACAGCGAAGGCGAUUUUAUAUACAUAACCGAUGUGCCGGAGACGAACAGAGUAAUAAUCAGUUAAUCUGCCAGGCCGCCAGAGAGCGGACGUGAAAAUGAUCAUCGGGAUCGGAUAGCGGGAUAGUUAGUAGUGAUCGUAACUCAGGAUAGUGUGCUAAACACUAAUCUCAACCUAUGUUUUGUGCUUUGUCGGGUGUGGAACGAACACGCAGUUAUUUUGUUGUUUGUGCAAAAGCAUUCGAAAGUGGCCAACUGAAGAAAGAGCCAUCGAUUCUUUGCAUUUGGUUACUUUUAUAGCGUAGUCUUUUUCCCAAACGAUUUUCUUAACGAAUACGAAAUAAACUGAACACAGUACCCUAAA